CGUGCAGCGGCCGUUCAUCGCAAAUGCAUGCAAAACGGACCACAGCUCGCUCUUGACCGCCCUUCACUGGCGGCGCUUGCACUCUGGUUUUCCGGCCGGCCCUGUCACACUCCACCGCCGCAAUCCGCCGCGCGUGACCCUGUCUCGGUGCACCACUGAAUUUCCUCCUUCACCUUCCUCACUGUUACCAAGCGAUUCGACCGUUGCCCUGCGUUGUUGCCGUUACUCCUGCACACUAUACAUCAAUACCGCCACUCCUGCUACACAGUCACACGACUUACUCGAGCCGCGUCCCUCGUAGCAUGACCUCGCAAUCUUCGAGACCCCGACGUUCUUCCACUGUCCUCGAUCCCUACGCGACACCCGGCGUCUACUACGGCGAAAGUCACGACCGCAAACAUGCUCGAGCACGCACAUACUCUGCGGUUGUAGAUACCCAUGGCUCGGGGGGUCGCAAUGCAGCAGUCACCGACAGCUUCAAAGGCCGGCGCAUCAGUCACGAUGAAGUGUCAGCGCAGCCGCGUCGCUUUCUCGUGCAGGUCGAACCCACCCUGAAAACACUACUCGCCCGGGAGGACAGCGACGGAAAUUACCAAAUCACCAUAGAUGACAAGGGCCCCAAGGUGCUCUCCCUCGGAACGCUCGCGUCCAACGCCCACAACAAAUUCGACGUGCGGGGCACCUAUAUGCUGUCGAACCUGCUGCAAGAACUCACUCUUGCUCAAGACUAUGGCCGCAAAACCAUCGUACUCGACGAAGCCCGCCUCAACGAGAACCCUGUAAACCGCCUCACCCGUCUGAUAGAGCACUCGUUCUGGGAUGGACUGACACGACGCAUCGAUGGCUCGAACAUCGAGAAGGUGGGCCGCGAUCCUAAGGAUUGGACCGACGACCCGCGUCCGCGUAUCUACGUCCCACACGGCGCUCCCGAGCAGCUGGAAUACUAUCGACGCAUCCGCGACGAACAUCCCGAUAUGCGCUUGGACGUUGUGGAGCUUCCAGAGACUUGGAACGACGAAUACGUUCGAGAUCUCAAUGAGAAGCCGGGUCUGCUUGCAAUUGCGAUGGAGGAAUAUAUCAACCCGGAGACCAAGAAGAAGGAUCUACGUGGACUCCCCUUCGUGGUCCCUGGAGGCAGGUUCAACGAGCUUUACGGCUGGGAUAGCUACAUGGAGUCACUCGGCCUGCUGGAGAACAACCGACCCGAGCUUGUGAAGGCUAUGGUCACACAUUUCUGUUUCUGCAUCAAGCACUAUGGCAAGAUCCUCAACGCCAACCGCACCUACUACCUUUGCCGAUCUCAACCACCCUUCCUUACAGAUAUGGCUCUCCGAGUCUACGAACGAAUCAAGCACGAGGAUGGUGCGAAGGAAUUUCUACGCCAAGCCAUAUUGGCAGCCAUCAAGGAGUACUACACGGUGUGGAUGGCCGAGCCCCGGUUAGACAAAAAGACUGGUCUAUCCCGUUACCGUCCGGGAGGUAUUGGCGUUCCCCCAGAGACCGAGGCGAGUCAUUUCGAGCAUGUCUUACAGCCGUAUGCGGACAAACACAACAUGACAUUCAAGGAGUUUGUGGAAGCAUACAAUUACCAAAAGGUGAAUGAGCCGGAGCUGGACAAUUAUUUUCUGCACGAUCGGGCAGUGCGCGAGUCUGGGCAUGAUACUUCAUAUCGUUUGGAAAAGGUUGCGGCUGACCUUUGCACGGUCGACAUCAACGCUCUCCUCUACAAAUAUGAGGUGGAUAUCGGUCGCACGAUCCGUAACAUCUUCGGCGACAAGCUACCACUUCCCAAGGAGUUCUGCGGGGAGGGCAUGCAGGAAGGCCACGUGGAAACAUCGGCAGCCUGGGAGCGCCGUGCAAGAGACCGUCGCAUGCGUGUCAACAAGUAUCUCUGGGACGAGGAGGCCGGAAUGUACUUUGACUACCACUCUGUGUUGGAGCAACGAACUGGCUACGAAAGCGCAACGACCUUCUGGCCGAUGUGGGCUGGUCUCGCCAGCCCUCAACAAGCCAAUGCACUCGUCACACGAGCAUUGCCCAAGUUUGAGGUCUUUGGCGGGCUCGUGUCCGGGACUGAGAAGUCUCGCGGCAAGGUUGGCCUCGAUCGGCCCAACCGACAGUGGGACUUUCCUUUCGGAUGGGCGCCACAACAGAUCCUGGCCUGGGUCGGGUUACAGCGUUACGGUUAUAAUGACGAGGCACAGCGGUUGGCAUACCGCUGGAUCUACAUGGUCACCAAAGCUUUCGUCGAUUUCAACGGCGUGGUCGUCGAGAAGUACGACGUUACACGUCCAAUUGAUCCUCACAAGGUCGAGGCAGAAUACGGCAACCAGGGCAGCGACUUCAAGGGCGUUCCUCGCGAAGGGUUCGGUUGGGUCAACGCCAGUUACAUCUACGGCAUGACGCUGAUCAGCGCACACAUGAAGCGAGCCCUUGGUGCGCUGACAACCUGGGAUACUUUCGAGCAGGCCUUGUCGGACCUUGGGAUGACCUAGACAUGCCCAUUGCGAUUUCACGAUUUAUGAGGCACGACUAGCGGCGGAUAUUGGACAGUGCACACGGGCAGUCGGCUGGUACCACUUCUUCGGAUGGCAUAUUAAAAGUUGAUGUAGGCCUCUCUUGGAUGAUAAACCUCUGUCAAACAGUCAGGAUGGGACCAGGCGCAAGCCGUGAUAUUGUGGGUUUGGGGGUGCAUAGAGGACACAGCGUUUUCACCUAACAUGGUACAUUGAAUCAAUCCAAAGUAUUAG